UUAAUUAAACAUUACAAAAAGUAUAUAUUUUUAAAAACUGAUUGUAAUUUUCUAGUAGUUUACUUUCUGUCCACGCGGUGUCGCUGGUGCGCAGACUCUGUGCGCUGCUGAAAUGCCCGGAUAUUAUUGUAGCUAGCUCUUUUAGCAAAUCGGCUAGCCGCUGCGACGCCGCUGCCUUUUGCCGCUACGGUCUGUCGCAUCGGGGACAUUCGACCCUUUUGACUCCCCCGGCCCAUAUAAACUAUUUUUUAACGCUGGUAACUUAAUGUCGGUAAUUUAUCAUGAUAGAAGUUGACUGAGGGGCUCGUUAAUUUUAGGUCUUACCGUUGAUUUUCCAACCGAUUUGGCGGGACUAGAUCGGGUUAACAAUACGACGAGCUAAAAGCUAACGUUAUAGCAGCUAGUGUCGAGACAGGCCAGUUUGUUUUUUCAGGUAGCUAACACAGCUAGCUUAGCAAGCUACCGCGGCUGUCAUGGAAGACAAAUCUUUUACUAAAGAAUUAGACCAAUGGAUCGAACAGCUAAAUGAGUGUAAGCAGCUAUCGGAAAACCAAGUCAGGACACUCUGCGAGAAGGCCAAGGAGAUCCUGACCAAGGAGUCCAACGUUCAGGAGGUGCGAUGCCCGGUGACGGUGUGCGGCGACGUCCACGGUCAGUUCCACGACCUGAUGGAGCUGUUUAAGAUCGGAGGCAAGUCUCCCGACACCAACUACCUGUUCAUGGGAGACUACGUCGACAGAGGCUACUACUCUGUGGAGACGGUCACGCUGCUCGUCACGCUAAAGGUUCGUUUCCAGGAGCGAAUCACCAUCCUGCGAGGGAACCACGAGUCGCGGCAGAUCACGCAAGUCUACGGCUUCUACGACGAGUGCCUGAGGAAGUACGGCAACGCCAACGUCUGGAAGUACUUCACAGACCUGUUCGACUACCUGCCACUCACCGCGCUGGUUGACGGACAGAUCUUCUGUCUCCACGGAGGUUUGUCUCCCUCCAUAGACACUUUGGAUCACAUACGAGCUCUGGACCGCCUGCAAGAAGUCCCACAUGAGGGCCCGAUGUGUGACCUGCUGUGGUCGGACCCUGAUGAUCGCGGCGGGUGGGGCAUCUCCCCCCGAGGUGCCGGCUACACCUUCGGACAGGACAUCUCUGAAACCUUCAACCACGCCAACGGCCUCACCCUGGUGUCCCGCGCCCAUCAGCUGGUCAUGGAGGGCUACAACUGGGGCCAUGAUAAGAAUGUGGUGACCAUCUUUAGUGCUCCAAACUACUGCUACCGCUGUGGAAACCAGGCAGCCAUCAUGGAACUGGACGACACCCUCAAAUACUCUUUCCUUCAGUUUGACCCCGCCCCCCGCCGUGGCGAGCCCCAUGUGACCAGACGCACUCCUGACUACUUCCUGUGAAUGUCCAAAGCCAUCCCUGUCAAUCAUCCACGAAGCUCCACCACCUGCCCCCCCCUCACCCCCUCAUUUUGGAUGGAAAGAAGAUAUUAAUAAUAAUAAUACUGUACCAGGGAGAAUAGAAACAAACGAUUGGCUGAUGACCCAAGAUUUUAACAAAAAGAGAAACGUAAAGAGCGGCCCCCUCUACAGUCUUGUUUUCGAUAUGCUGUCAUUAAUUCUGUGCUUCUGGGGAAAUACAACACGUACAACUGUUUUCUUUAUUUUUCUUUUUCUUACAUGUUUGAAAACCAGAUAAUAAAACUACCAACGUGGACCAAAUGUGCCAUAUUCUGAUCCUUUUACAACAUGUACAACGCGCAAUGUUUCUUUCUUUUUGUUUUUCUGUUUUUUUUGUUUUGUUUUUGUUUUGUUUAGACCAGCACUAUAACCCUACCUACCUGACGUCACCACACAUCUCAUGGCAUAUGUGCUUUUUUUCUGUUGCAAGAUAAUUUUAAAAAAGACGAGGAAAAAAAAGAUAAGAAAAAAAAAAAGUUUGCUUCAAGUAGUUCAGCUGUCAGUUUUAGCUGUCCAGGCUGCAGCCGGUGGUCAUCUCAGCAAGUAUAUUACUGUAAUUUGAAUAAAGACAACAGACGUAUGAAAUAAAAAUGUCCUAUUGACAAACUAC